GUGUGUGUGCGUGUGUGUACUGUUCAAUGAGUCUCGCUGCUGAGUUCCUCCAGAAUGGCGAUCACACACACAGUCGGUCUGUCGUUACACCGGAGAUCCAGUGACUGAAUCUUGACUCAACAUCAACUGAAUCAUCAGAUACAAUGAGAAUAUACUGAGAAAUCACAGACCGACAUGACAUUGUGAUGAUGGUGGAGGCUUUUUAACGGAUCCGCGCGGCGGAAAUUCGCUCCGGCCUCUUGAUGCUCUCAUCUGACUGACCUACAGCACAGAUCAGGAUGAUAGAGGAGGGACGGAAGGCCGUUGUCAUGGCCGACCGGAAGCAGCUCUUCAUGGACAUGAAGACGCAGAAUUAUGACACCAUCCGGCUGUCCACGUAUCGCACCGCCUGCAAGCUCCGAUUCGUUCAGAAGAAAUGCAACUUGCAUCUGGUGGACGUGUGGAACAUGAUCGAGGCAUUUCGUGAUAACGGUCUGAACACGCUGGACGUCUGCACUGAGAUCAGCGUGGCCCGGCUGGAGACCAUCCUCACCUGCAUCUACCAGCAGCUCAACAAGCGUCUGCCCACCACACACCAGAUCAGCGUCCAGCACAACACCAGCCUGCUGCUCAACUUCAUGGCCACCGCACACGACACUGAUGCUCAGGGAAGGCUGACGGUGUUUUCAGUGAAGAUGAUGCUCUCGGUGCUGUGUGGAGGGAAACUGGUGGAUAAACUUCGCUAUAUUUUCUCUCAGAUAUCAGAUUCUCACGGUGCGAUGGAGAUGUCAAAGUUUGACCACUUCCUAAGGGAGGCGCUGAAGCUUCCUGCUGCCGUGUUUGAAGGCCCGUCGUUCGGAUACUUGGAUCAUCUGGCCAGAUCCUGUUUCCCUCAACAAAAGAAAGUAAUGCUGAACAUGUUCUUGGAUGCUCUGAUGUCAGAUCCUCCUCCUCAGUGUCUCAUUUGGCUUCCUUUGGUGCAUCGGAUGGGAAACGUGGAGAACGUCCAUCAUCCGGUGUCGUGUUCGUUCUGUCGGUCGGACGGCAUGACGGGGUUUCGCUAUCGCUGUCAGCAGUGUUUUAACUAUCAGCUGUGUCAGAACUGUUUUUGGCGAGGUCACGCCAGCGGAAACCAUAGCAACCAUCAUGACAUGAAGGAGCAUUCGUCCUGGAAAUCUCCAGCUAAGAAGUUGGGUCGUGCCAUCAGUAAGUCUUUGGGUUGUGUGCCGAGCAGAGAACCGUCCCACCCCAUCUACCCAGAAUACCCUGAGAAACCCCUCAAUCUGUCCAACAUAGUGCCUCCCCGUCCAAUAGGAAAUAUGAAUGAACCAGCUCCGCCCCUUUCAACAGGCUCCUCCCCCACUAAGAGACUGCCGACUCUGGCUGCAGCUCAGCGAAUGAAUGAAGAACAUGCUCUGAUCGCUGCGUAUGUCAACAAACUCCAGAGCAGCCCACGUGCAUUAGACAGUCCUGUCCGAUCAGAUGAAGAACACAAACUCAUCGCUCGCUACGCGUCUCGUCUGGCCACAGAUCCUGGACACACAGCAAGACCAGCAGACUUCAGCUACGACACCAACAAACAGCAAAGAGAGCUCAUCAUGCAGUUGGAGAACAAGAACCGGGAGAUUUUGCAGGAGAUCCAGCGUUUGCGAGUGGAGCAUGAACAGGCAUGUCAGCCGACUCCAGAAAGAGUCCAGCAGAACCCCACACUGCUGGCAGAACUCAGACAGCUCAGGCAGAGGAAAGAUGAGCUGGAGCAGAGGAUGUCGUCUCUACAGGAGAGCAGAAGAGAACUCAUGGUGCAGCUAGAAGGACUCAUGAAACUACUGAAGGAUGAGGAGCAGAGACAAGCUGCUCAAGCCGCUGGCUCUUCCCCAAGCCACGCCUCCCCUCACUCCAUGCCGAUGCCCAUUCGCUCACCUUCCUCAGGCCCCGCCCCCACAUACACAGGCCACACCCCCACCCAUGGGCCCCAGGACUCUUUAGCUGGAGUGGGUGGAGACGUUCAGGAAGCGUUUUCUCAGGGACCUCGCAGAAACCUACGAAAUGAUCUCCUGGUGGCGGCGGACUCAAUCACGAACACCAUGUCAUCACUGGUUAAAGAGCUUAACUCAGCAGAAGAUGGAGAUGAAGAUGAAAGACUGUUGCAGAAUGGCAAAGACAGAGGUUAGGCAAAAAACAAUGAAGCCACCAGUUUCAAGUGUGACGUCACCACGCAAACCUGCUGAUGGCAUCACCAAGAAGACAAUGAGCUCUGAACCCAGGCUCAGCCAAUCAGAUUCGACGGAUUUGGCUUCCUGUGGAUAGCUUGAGAAGGAAAAAUGUUGUUAUUUUUCAAAGUUUAAAAUUUUUCAUGACGGUUUAGUUUUGCGAUUGAGAUUGAAGCUAUACGUAGUCUUCAUCGCAGGCCUGCUAGUUUUGUCUUAUUAUUCUCAUGUGUGUUUUCUUGAAGUUUGAAAGCUUUUGAUGCGCCCAAAUAUGGGACGGAAUGAACUCAAUCGGAAUGGAAUGGAAGGCAAUAGAAUGUGUUUGACGGAGACGUGUGAGGAGUUGAAUGGCUGACUGAGGUAUGUGGGCGUGGUUUGUUUAUGUGGGAGUGGCCAUGUUGGAAUUUAAGACUAAAAGUGGCCUUCUAAAGGAGCUGAGUUAAAGAAACGAGUGGAGUUGUGUACUGUAAUUUAUUUUUUCAAUCGCCGUUUAUUUAUUUUGGUCAAACAAACAGCAUUUUCAGUGGACAUUUUGCUCAUUUCAAAUUGAUUGCGCAUUUAUGUAUAUUUAAGAUCAGAAUGAUUUAGUUUUCUAGGUUUUUCGAACAGGUACUUUGAUAAAGAGGCGGAUUUGCGUGCUGGAGAGUUUUAUUUGAUGUUUUGUGGAUUUUUCUAGAAGCACUGUUUGUAGUCACUGUUUCCUGUGAACAAACUUUUCUCACCUACAAACAUUUACGCACACAUCUGACCUGCUGUGUGUUUUCCUGGAGGAGUGUGUGUGUUUGUGUGCCUCCUUUAUAGUUGUGUGUGUGUGUGUGUUGGAAUGUGAAUCAUACUGAUGCCUUUGUUUGAUUUGAAUGCUAAAUACCUGCCAAAUAUGAUUUGUUGAUUUUAGUUUGAGGUUUUUAAAUCUUGUUAUUUACGCCAAAUUUAUUCACAGACUCGUUUGUUUCUGGACCGUCAUGUAAUUUUAUCUGCGGUACACAGGCCUUGAUGACAUCACUUCCUGUGGCCUUCUGUGAAAACUGGCUGGCUUGAAGGAGUCGAUCAUUACGGUGCCGGUAGUCGUAGUGUUUCGUGAUUUUUCCACCAAACAGAUGUCUUUUUUAAGGCUAAUUUUACGGAAAUGACUCUGGAUCGAGGCUGUGAUUCACACGCAUGUGAUUGAUGUGCUGUGUUCAAAAUAAAUGAUGUCAUGAAACGGUAAA